CAGGCCCCGCCCCGCUCGCCCGGCAUCGCGGAGCGGCGGAGUCAAGAUGGAGGAGUACGCGCGCGAGCCUUGCCCCUGGCGCAUUGUGGACGACUGUGGUGGGGCCUUUACGAUGGGAACCAUAGGUGGUGGGAUCUUUCAAGCAAUCAAAGGUUUUCGCAAUUCUCCGGUGGGAGUAAACCACAGACUGCGAGGGAGUCUGACAGCCGUUAGAACCAGGGCCCCACAGUUGGGAGGUAGCUUUGCAGUUUGGGGAGGUCUGUUUUCCAUGAUUGACUGCAGUAUGGUUCAAGUCAGAGGGAAAGAAGAUCCCUGGAACUCCAUCACGAGUGGUGCCUUAACAGGAGCCAUCCUGGCAGCAAGAAACGGACCAGUGGCCAUGGUUGGGUCAGCCGCGAUGGGUGGCAUUCUGCUAGCUCUCAUUGAAGGAGCUGGUAUCUUGUUGACAAGAUUUGCCUCUGCCCAGUUUCCCAACGGUCCUCCGUUUGCUGAAGACCCCUCCCAGUUGCCUUCGGCCCAGUUACCAUCCUCACCUUUCGGGGACUAUCAACAAUACCAGUAGGACCUCUCUCCCAGGACUUCUGUAACAGAAUGAGCUGCGGUUCAAGGAAGGAUUUCAGAAGGUCAAAUUCAGUCUGUUUUUAAAACUGUAGGUGGGACAACUAUGGCCAAAUAGGCUGUGAAGAGACAUUUAGCACAUUUUUCUAUUUAAAGGAACGUGGGGGGCGGGGGAGGGUCUUAAAAGAUAAUACAUUUAUUUAUUCACACUUGGAUUGCGUUUGUGAUCAAAAUAAAUGUCUGAAAUCUUUAGAAGGAAAAACAGUAAGUGCUUGGAAGAUGAAGGACCAGUGGCAAACAGCAAUGAAGCAUGACCAUCAUUUCCUCGGGGACCUCUCUGCCUGGUUUUGUUCUGUUAAACAAUAAAAAACGCCAGGAGAUUGCUCUUUCUAUUAAGAUAA